AGGUGUGGGGGUCAUGAUUGGGUCAUGAUUUGCCACAUAGGCCCAUUAUUCAUGCCUUAUACCACCCCCUUAAUUAAAUCACGGUGGUUCGCGUGGAUUAAACCACGGCAAUCACGUCCCCUUUUUUUCCAUUAUUCACGCAAACCCUAACCCCACCAUCAAAAAAAACGGCAACAAAUUCUUUUCCUCUGUGAUAAUCAAGUUCACGGUCGCAAAUCACAUCAAGAAGAACGAUAACAGCUAUAGUUAAUACUACCAUGGAUCCAAGCAACCCGAACAACACAAACAACCCGCCACAAACCCCGUGGACGCCACCCAUUGAUCCGAUGUGGGCGACUCCACAAUUUUCUUUUACAAGCUACAAUCAAGUUCCUAAUGCGUUCAACCAACUCCCUCAAACCCCGACUCCUAACGCGUUCACGCAACUCUCUCAAACCCCGAAUCCUAACGCGUUCACGCAACUUCCUCAAACCCCGCAACCUACUAGUUUAUUUCAACUUCAACAAAUCCAAUUUCAACAACAAUAUCAGCAACAACUAAAAACGCUCCGACAAAGCCAAAGUCGGCCUAUUCAUACGAAAGUCCAAUCGCAACCGACACCCGAUACCCCUUCGUUAGACGAUUUGGAUGACAUUGCCGUUGUACCCGAAACCCAACCUCAAAGUUCUAAGAAAACAUCUACAAAAAAGCGUUCAACGAGGCCGGAACAAGAAAAUUUAACCACCGGAAGAGGUCAAACUUGGACAUCGAUCGAAGAGUUGGCGUUGGCAAGGGCGUGGACCAAUACGUCUACGUGUCCGAUCGUAGGUAAUAAUCAAAAGUCUGGCAGUUUUUGGAAGGAGGUUUGCAACAAAUUUCAUGCUUUGAUGCAAAAAGAACCGUACCGAGAAGUGAACUCAAUGAGCUCAAAGUAUGGAGAGAUGAAUAAGAAGAUAUCGGCGUUUUGUGGUUAUUACAACAACGCUCAUUCGAAUCGGCCAAGUGGGGCGAGUGAUGAAACGGUUUUUGCCAUAGCUAUGUCAAAAUACCAUACGAAAGAAGGUAGUGCGUUCACAUAUGUAGGGGCUUGGGAAAUCUUUAAAAAUUGUCCCAAGUGGGCGCCGGUUCCUAACGAGGUGGCAAGAGCAAAGAGGUGUAAGACAUUCGAGUCGAUAGAGCAUAGUGCCGGUGAUUCGGAUGUGCGUUACCAUAUUAAUAUUAAUGACGAACCCGAGUUUGACGAUGAAGUGACGGAGAUUCCGGAAUUGAAGCGCCCAAAUGGCAGAGACAAAGCAAAAAAGGAAGCAGCGGCCAAAAAUAAAGAGACGUCGACAAAAAAUGAAACUCCGGGUGAAACGAAGGUGGAUAAGUUGAUGAGCAAGUUCACCGAAUUUAACGAAAUACAAGCGGCGAGACUUAAGUUGAAAGAAAAAGAAAUGCAAGAAGCGGCCGAUCGUGAAGACUUUAAGCUAAUGGCAACAAACAUCGACUCGCUCCCGGAAAAAGAUAAAGAAGUGUUGCAAAAAAUGAAGGCGAAAAUUGCUCAAAAAUGGAGUCUUUAAAUUAUGUCGUUAUCAUUUUUUAUAUUUUCUAGUUUUCGUCUUUAAUUUACGUCGCAAACAUUUUUUAUAUUUUCUAGUUGUAACGAAAUUGAUUCAGUUUUAUAUUUUAUGGAUUAUAUUACUUUUAUUUUUUCAA